AUGGAUGAAAAGGCGGAGGGCAGUGCUCGUGUGAGGUAUCGUGUGAAGAGGCUCACGUAUACACAACGCGAGUUUGCGGAUGAAUUUCACGAGACACCAAAGUCAGCCCUUACAUUUGCGAAGGUCAAGUCCGCCCUUCAAAAGGUUCGCUUAAAAACGUUCGGUUUUGAGCUUUUUCCCAUCUUCAAAUCGCUGGCGUCCUACUACAAUCUGCAUUACUUCGUGCUUGACAUAAUUGCUGGCGUAACGAUGGCAUUCUUCCACCUUCCGCAAGGUAUGGCUUACGGCGCACUUGCUGGUCUCCGCCCUGUAAAUGGUUUGUACACUUCGUUUUUCCCCGUUCUGGCAUACUUCUUCUUCGCCACCUCACGGCAUAACUCAGUCGGCACCUUUUCUUUGGCCUCCCUUCUCUUCUCCGAGCCCAUAAACCGUCUGACCCUUCAAUACUACAAUGCAACUCAUUCCACCAACAGCACAGCGAUGUCGGAUGAGGAGUAUGCUUUUCGCCUCAACUUGUCCUUGACCCUAGCCUUUUGUGUGGGAAUAUUGCAGGUGAGUGAGUGUGGCUUGGCUGUGCUUCUUAUGGCUGAUUUGCAGAUUAUCAUGGCGUUGCUUCAAGUUGGAGCCUUGGCUGCCUACCUGUCGGGUCCGCUGAUAAGCGGUUUCAUGUGCGCCUCUGCGUUCCACGUUGUGGCAAGUCAGUUUAAUUACCUCUUUGGGAUUAAACUGCCCCGCGUGUAUGGUCCGGGGAACCUGCUUCUCGUAAGGCUUUGCUUUCGCCAUCUGGGGGUCGGCCUCAAGUUCAAGUUUCCAAUUCCAGUGGAGCUGAUUCUCGUGAGUGGAGACUUAUGCCUAAUUGCAGUGUGUCACUCACUUAAUGCAUUUAGUUGA